AUGAUUUUCCUGCCAGUGAACAUAAAAUAUGCAGGCGAGGAAACUGAUGGAACCUUUGGCACUCAGACCGAAGGAAACGUAAACAAUUUAACGGUAGAUAAUUCUCUGGAAGUAGUAGAAAACAAUAAUGGAAAGAAUAGGAAGACGGAGGAAGGCAAAAUGGCAUGUCUCCGUUCAGAAUUGUCCAGGAAAAUUAUAGGAAAAAGGAAUAAAAAUGCAAAGAAAAAAUUAAGGAAGGAAGCCCCUCACACAGAUGAUGUCCUGCAGGCGCCUUUCGUCAAGGAACUUCUGAAGGAUGCAGAAACUAUAGGUACAGGCGGAUACGGAACUGUUUACAAAGUGGUUUACAAUGGCAAACCAGCUGUGCUGAAAGUUGCCAUCUCUCCUUCAUUUUGUGUCAUUGAUGCCUUUGCGAAGGAAGCGGAAGCUCUCAAGUCACUGAAGGGUGUGGGAGGAGCACCCCUUUUAUUAGGCGUAUGCAAGAGACCUCCAGCGAUCGUUAUGGAACUAUGUCCUGGAGAAGUGAUGAGUGACCUUGCUGGGCCAGCUUACCACUUGGUCAAAUCUCUCUCAGAAAUCGGGAGGAAGCUACAUGAAAUCCACUUAGCCGGUUAUGUUCACAGGGAUAUUAAGAUGGAUAACGUGAUUAUUUGCGCACCUCAGGAGCUGUCAAAGGAAAGCAAAGUGGAAGUGAGAAUAAUCGACUUUGGAUUAGCUACUGAAAUAGGUCAGCGCUUACAAGAGGCUGAGAAUUUCACAGGGUAUAGUUCUCUUUCGAAAUCCGCAGAAGAGACUUUAGCCCUUCCUUGUGAUGACGUGUAUUCACUGGGAUGUUUGACUGAGGACUUGAUAGACGCCAUGCUAGGAUACAUCCCUAAGGAAUACGACAGGAUUAUAAAGAUGGCUAAGAAUCCUGACGCUGAACUUAGGCCAAAGUUGCCGGAUGUGGUCGAACUCUUAGAAAAAGCUUUUGAUAAAUUGGUGGCGUUGAAAGAAAUCGAGGAAAAAGAAGUAGAAGGACAAACUUGUAUCGCUAAAUCGCAUAAGAAAUAUGACACAAGUGAGGGUAAUCAAGUAGGUCUAAACUUACCGAGAAAAAUAGGUAGACGUUCGAGAGGAAAACGUCGGUAUCGCAAGGUGCGAAACCUGACUCGGUUGUUUGGACUUGUUUACAAAGUUGUCCACAAAGGAAAACCACGUGUGCUAAAAGUUGCCAACUCAACUCUUUUAAAAAUGAACAUAAAACUCUCGAAUCACUUUAAGAAUUAA